AUGGACAGCAAGCUUCAGCAGCUUCCGAAUAAAGUUAGCUACUGUCUUUCCCCCUUCUCCUCUCCCUCUCCCUCUCUCUUUUAUCCCUGCCCCCCUCUGUGCAGGCCACGCUCCCUCCCCAGUGGUUAUUUCCCAGGCUGCCAGUUCCAGUCUGCGGGUAGCUGCCUUCCGCGCUGACCACUAGGCAGUGUGGGAAUGUUAUCCCUCUCAUCCCAUUCCUAAAGCCGUGUAGAGCCUGGGAUACAGCCCACUAGCCUGCUGGAAAAAUCCCCCCUUCUUCUCCACAGGGGAGAGAAGAUUACUCCCUCCAUCCCUCUCUUUCCAUCACUCCAUCCCUACAGUUAGGCCUUCUCUCCAGCCCACUUACCGUAGUGCAGGCCUACGGGAACAUGGUAUACAUGGUUAGAAAUCCUGAUGGAGAGGGUAUGGGUAUUAGGCAUGGAAGCCUGUUUGCAGGUGUUAAUGUGUUCUCUACAUCAGGAGUGAGCAGAUGAGGAAAGGAAAGUAUGAGAUGAAUACUGAAAUAUAGAGGGAUAAGAGGCUCAAGGAAUGUGUGAAUAUGAAGAUAUGGUGAGAGAGAGAGAGCAUGGAGAACCAAGGCAGAUAACCACACAGGGAUUUUUUUGGGUAAAUCCUGGAGAUAUCCUUAUUCUUCUCUCUCCUAUCUUGGAAUAACAUCUUCAGCUGCUCCCCUAUCCUCUUAACCCCCCCCCCCCCCCCCCCCCCCCCCCCCCCUCCCCCCCCCACAAAUGGAUGGGAAGUUGAUAAAGGAUUAAACUGUGUGUGUGUAACUGGCAUUCAACUGAACAUCACAUUUGAAAGUGAUGUCCAUUCCAUUGAUUUAGUCUACAUUUGUUAACCGCUGUGUUAACCUGCUACCUUCCUCCUCCUCACAUCAUUUCUUUGAACCUGUUAGUCUAACCCCAUCUCCUCUCCUCCUCCCCCUGUCUGUCCAGGUAUUCUAAGUUGGCCGACCCAGCUGACUGGCUGUCCAUCAACAACACCAACGGUCAGAUCAUCACCACGGCAACUCUGGACAGAGAGUCCAUCUACGUCAAAAACAACAUUUAUGAAGCCACCUUCCUCGCAGUUGACAACGGUGAGAGCCAUUGUGUGCGUGUGUGGCAGAAAAAGAGAAAGACUGAGAGAAAGAAGAGAGGAGGUGAAGAGGAUAGAGGUGGGCCCAGUGGGGUUGAGACCAGCCUAAAGCUAGACUCCUGGUUAUAGAGAGCUAGUGCUGUAUCGACCUGUUCUCCUUUCUUCCCUCGCUUCACCUCUCCUCCUCUCUUUCUUUCUCCUCUGCCCAUCCACUGCAAUGAGUGUGGCACAUCCAGCUUGUUCUGCCACCCAGUUGAAGCUUGAGCUUAACCUAGCACAAACUCAAUCACAGCAAACAAACAACUCUGCUUUUUUCUCAGGCGGAAGCAAACAGAAUGCUUUUCCCCUCCCAAAGUGCCUUAUCAGUGACGUGCAGUGCAUUGGUGUGUUUACCUAAAGUUGGGAUGGCUUUGAAGAAUGAUUGACAUUGCCUGUGCAUGUGUGUGUGCGUGUGUGAUUGGCGUGUUUCCAGUGAUUGACAAUGUCAGAGACCGUGAUGUGUAACUUCCUGUGUUGUUUUCUGCAGCGGGGGUAAGAAGGGUCCCAGCUAGCACAUAACGUUCUGAGAACCAUAUGCUUCUUAGAGCUUGGUGAGAGCAUGGUUGUCCUAUGGUUAUUUUGCAUACAACCUUCCCACAACGUUCUGGGAAUAGUGCAGGAUACUCAGCUAGCACAUUGCGUUCUGAGAACCAUAUGUUUCUUAGGUGGGAAUUUCAGUACUUCAGCAUAACGUUUCCUACAGGUUUCCUCAUUGUUCUAUUUAAAGUCAUGUUGUCAGAACGUUAGAGAACAUUAAGAAACAACAUUCUUCUGUGGGAAUUUCAGUACUUCAGCUUAACGUUUUCUACAGGUUUCCUCAUCGUUCUAUUUAAAGUAAUGUUCUCAGAACAUUAAGAACCCUUUCCAUAACAAGCACAAGAAUACAUUAGGUAACAUUCAAACAACGAUCUAAGAAUUUUAUUUAAGAACAUAUACAUUCCAUUCUCAGCAUCAACACAACUCUCUCUAUCCUCUUUCUUGUUAAGUGUGUUCAGGUGUGUCACCUUUAUUUAACCAGGUAAGCCAGUUGAGAACAAGUUCUCAUUUACAACUGCGACCUGGCCAAGAUAAAGCAAAGCAGUGCGAUAAAAACAACACAGAGUUACAUAUGGGGUAAAACAAACAUAAAGUCAAAAAUACAACAGAAAAUAUAUAUACAGUGUGUGCAAAUGUAGCAAGUUAUGGAGGUAAGGCAAUAAAUAGGCCAUAGUGCAAAAUAAUUACAAUUAGUAUUAACACUGGAAUGAUAGAUGUGCAAGAGAUGAUGUGCAAAUAGAGAUACUGGGUGUGCAAAUGAGAAAAAUAAAUUACAAUAUAGGGAUGAGGUUGUUGGGUGGGCUAAUUUCAGAUGUGCAGUGAUCGGUAAGCUACUCUGACAACUGAUGCUUAAAGUUAGUGAGGGAGAUAAGAGUCUCCAGCUUCAGAGAUUUUUGCAGUUUGUUCCAGUCAUUGGCAGCAGAGAACUGGAACGAAUGGCGGCCAAAGGAGGUGUUGGCUUUCGGGAUGACCAGUGAGAUAUACCUGCUGGAGCGCAUACUACGGGUGGGUGUUGCUAUGGUGACCAAUGAGCUAAAUAUAGGCGGGGAUUUGCCUAUUAGUGAUUUAUAGAUGGCCUGGAACCAGUGGGUUUGGCGACGAAUAUGUAGUGAGGACCAGCCAACAAGAGCGUACAGGUCACAGUGGUGGGUAGUAUAUGGGGCUUUGGUGACAAAACGGAUGGCACUGUGAUAGACUACAUCCAAUUUGCUGAGUAGAGUGUUGGAGGCUAUUUUGUAAAUGACAUCGCCGAAGUCAAGGAUCGGUAGGAUAGUCAGCUUUACAAGGGCAUGUUUGGCAGCAUGAGUGAAGGAGGCUUUGUUGCGAAAUAGGAAGCCAAUUCUAGAUGUAACUUUGGAUUGGAGAUGCUUAAUGUGAGUCUGGAAGGAGAGUUUACAGUCUAACCAGACACCUAGGUAUUUGUAGUUGUCCACAAACUCUAGGUCAGACCCGUCGAGAGUAGUGACUCUAGUCGGGUGGGCGGGUGCCUGUGCGUUCGAUUGAAGGGCAUGCAUUUAGUUUUACUUGUGUUUAAGAGCAGUUGGAGGCUAUGGAAGGAGUGUUGUAUGGCAUUGAAGCUCGUUUGGAGGUUUGUUAACACAGUGUCCAAUGAAGGGCCAGAUGUAUACAAAAUGGUGUCGUCUGCGUAGAGGUGGAUCUGAGAAUCACCAGCAGCAAGAGCGACAUCAUUGAUAUACACUGAGAAAAGAGUCGGCCCAAGAAUUGAACCCUGUGGCACCCCCAUAGAGACUGCCAUAGGUCCAGACAACAGGCCCUCCGAUUUGACACAUUGAACUCUAUCUGAGAAGAAGUUGGUGAACCAGGCGAGGCAGUCAUUUGAGAAACCAAGGCUAUUUAGUCUGCCAAUAAGAAUGCGGUGGUUGACAGAGUCGAAAGCCUUGGCCAGGUCGAUGAAGACAGCUGCACAGUACUGUCUAUUAUCGAUCGCGGUUAUAAUAUCGUUUAGGAACUUGAACGUGGCUGAGGUGCACCGAUGACCAGCUCAGAAACCAGAUUGCAUAGCGGAGAAGGUACGGUGUGAUUCGAAAUGGUCGGUGAUCUGUUUGUUAACUUGGCUUUCAAAAACUUUAGAAAGGUAGGGCAGGAUGGAUAUAGGUCUGUAACAGUUUGGAUCUAGAGUGUCACCCCCUUUGAAGAGGGGGAUGACCGCAGCAGCUUUCCAAUCUCUGGGGAUCUCAGACGUUACGAAAGAGAGGUUGAACAGGCUAGUAAUAGGGGUUGCGACAAUUUCGGCGGCUAAUUUUGGAAAGAAAAGGUCCAGAUUGUCUAGCCCAGAUGAUUUGUAGGGGUCCACAUUUUGCAGCUCUUUCAGAACAUCAGCUGUCUGAAUUUGUGUGAAGGAGAAGCGGGGGGGGGGGCAUGGGCAAGUUGCAGCGGAGGGUGCAGAGCUGGUGGCCGGGGUAGUGGUAGUCAGGUGGAAAGCAUGGCCAGCCGUAGCAAAAUGCUUGUUGAAAUUCUCAAUUAUUGUACAUUUAUCGGUGGUGAUAGUGUUUCCUAGGCUCAGUGCAGUAGGCAGCUGGGAGGAGGUGCUCUUAUUCUCCAUGGACUUUACAGUGUCCCAAAACUUUUUGGAGUUAGUGCUACAGGAUGCAAAUUUCUGUUUGAAAAAGCUAGCCUUUGAUUUCCUAACUGCUUGUGUAUAUUGGUUCCUAACUUCCCUGAAAAGUUGCAUGUCGCGGGGGAUAUUAUAUGCUAAUGCAGUAUGCCACAGGAUGUUUUUGUGCAGGUCAAGGGCAGUCAAGUCUGAGGAGAACCAGAGGUUAUAUCUGUUCUUAGUUCUGAAUUUUUUGAAUGGGGCAUGCUUAUUUAAGAUUGAGAGGAAAGCACUUUUAAAGAACAACCAGGCAUCCUCUACUGACGGAAUGAGAUCGAUAUCCAUCCAGGAUACCUGGGCCAGGUCAAUUAGGAAGGCCUGCUCGCUAAAGUGUUUUAGGGAGCGUUUGACAGUGAUGAGGGGUGGUCGUUUGACCGCCGACCCGUUACGGACACAGGCAAUAAGGCAGUGAUCACUGAGAUCCUGGUUGAAGACAGCGGAGGUGUAUUUAGAGGGUAAGUUAGUCAGAAUGAUAUCUAUAAGGGUGCCCAUGUUUAUGGAUUUAGGGUUGUACCUGGUAGGUUCCUUGAUAAUCUGUGUGAGAUUGAGGGCAUCUAGUUUGGAUUGUAGGAUGGCCGGGGUGUUAAGCAUAUCCCAGUUUAGGUCACCAAGCAGUACGAACUCUGAGGAUAGAUGGGGGGCAAUCAAUUCACAUAUGGUGUCCCGGGCACAGCUGGGGGCUGAGGGGGGUCUGUAGCAAGCAGCGACAGUGAGCAGCGACACUUAUUUCUGGAAAGGUGGAUUUUUUGAAGUAGGAGCUCAAACUGUUUGGGCACAGACCUGGAUAGUAUGAUAGAGCUCUGCAGGCUAUCUCUACAGUAGAUUGCAACUCCACCCCCUUUGGCAGUUCUAUCUAGACGGAAAUUGUUGUAGUUGGGGAUGGACAUUUCUGAAUUUUUGGUGUCCUUCCUAAGCCAGUAUUCAGACAUUGCUAGAACAUUAGGGUUGGCGGAGUGUGCUAACGCAGUGAAUAACUCAAACUUAGGGAGGAGGCUUCCGAUGUUAACAUGCAAAAAAACAAUGCUUUUAUGGUUACAGAAGUCAACAAAUGAUAGCUCCUGCGGAGUAGGAGUGAUACUGGGGGCUGCAGGGCCUGGGUUAACCUCUACAUCAACAGAGGAACAGAGGAGGUCUAGAAUAAGGAUACAGCUAAAGGCUUUAAGAACUGGUCUUCUAGUGCGUUGGGUACAGAGAAUAAAGGGGGCAGAUUUCCGGGCAUUGUAGAAUAGAUUCAGGGCAUUAUGUACAGACAAGGAUAUGGAAGGAUAUGAGUACAGUGGAGGUAAACCUAAACGUUGGGUAACAAUGAAAGUGAUAGCAUCACUGGAGGCACCGAUUGAGCCGAUCUCCGCGUGUAUGGGGGGUGGAACAAAGGAACUAUUUUAGGAAGUUUGAGAGGGACUUGGGGCUCUACAGUGAAAUUGUAUAAUAAGAACUAACUGGAACAGCAAUAGGCAAGGCAUAUUGACAUGGGAGAGAGGCAUAAAGCAAUCAGAGGUGUUAUUCGAGAGAGCUAAGACAACAAUUGGUAAUGUCGAUGAAAGUUUGGGCUGAGGCUAAACAGAUAAACAGGACAGGGUACCGUGUAAAGGAACAGUCCAGCAGGCAUCAGCUGUGCAGCUGAGUGAUCAUAAGGUCCAGUGAACAGCAAUAUGUGAGUCUGAGAGCAGUUUGAAUUGGUGCUACAGCACAGGCUAGCAGGAAGCACAGCUGUUGUUUGCGUGUGCUAGCGGGCUGGGGCUAGCAGAUGGAUCUUCGUGGUCGUCGCAACGGGAAGCCUGUUGAAACCACAGACGAUUAUGUCGGCAGACCAGUCGUGAUGGAUCGGCGGGGCUCCGUGUCGACUCUAGGAGGUCCCGUCCGGUUGACAGAGAGGUAGAUAGCCGGGAGAUGGGCCUGAUUCGAGGCUAGCUUUAGGCUGAUUAGCCAACAACAACAUCCAUUUGGUUGCAGCUAGCUAGUUGCGAUGAUCCGGUGUUAAAGGUCCAGUGAUUCAGUGAUUCCGACAGAAAAACCGAUAUGUUCUGGGUCGAUAACAUGCUGUGCAGACAGUGCAGACUGGCCGAUAAUAGUCCAGGCUAGAGCUGGCUAGUAGGUAGUGCAGUCCACGGACAAUGGUGAAAAAACACUUACGGUGGCUAAUAGCAAGUAGCUAGUUAGCUGGCUACUCCCGUCCGGUAGACAGAGAGGUAGAUAGCGGGGAUAUGGGCCUGGCUCGAGGCUAGCUCAAGGCUAACUGGUGCUUGCUUUGGGGGCAGUGGUAAUUAGCCAACAGCAACAUCCAUUCUGUUGCGGCUAGCUAGUUGCGAUCCGGUGUUAAUGUCCAGUGAUUCAGUUAUUCCGGCAGAAAAUCCGAUGUUCUGGGUGAAAACCGCUAACGGUGGCUAAUAGCAAGUAGCUAGUUAGCUGGCUAGCUAGUUUCAACUGGAGAUUCAAGGUAAAAGGUAAGUCAAUAAUAGAAUCCGUUCCACAUUGAGUGAGGCGGGUUGCAGGAAAGUAUAUUUAGUAGAAGGAUGAAAAGUGUGAUAGGGAAAUACAGUGGGGAGAACAAGUAUUUUAUACACUGCCGAUUUUGCAGGUUUUCCUACUUACAAAGCAUGUAGAGGUCUGUAAUUGUUAUCAUAGGUACACUUCAACUGUGUAUCCAGAAAAUCACAUUGUAUGAUUUUUAAGUAAUUAAUUUGCAUUUUAUUGCAUGACAUAAGUAUUUGAUCACCUACCAACCAGUAAGAAUUCCGGCUCUCACAGACCUGUUAGUUUUUCUUUAAGAAGCCCUCCUAUUCUCCACUCAUUACCUGUAUUAACUGCACCUGUUUGAACUCGUUACCUGUAUAAAAAGACACCUGUCCACACACUCAAUCAAACAGACUCCAACCUCUCCACAAUGGCCAAGACCAGAGAGCUGUGUAAGGACAUCAGGGAUAAAAUGGUAGACCUGCACAAGGCUGGGAUGGGCUACAGGACAAUAGGCAAGCAGCUUGGUGAGAAGGCAACAACUGUUGGCGCAAUUAUUAGAAAAUGGAAGAAGUUCAAGAUGACGGUCAAUCACCCUCGGUCUGGGGCUCCAUGCAAGAUCUCACCUCGUGGGGCAUAAAUUAUCAUGAGGAAGGUGAGGGAUCAGCCCAGAACUACACGGCAGGACCUGGUCAAUGACCUGAAGAGCGCUGGGACCACAGUCUCAAAGAAAACCAUUAGUAACACACUACGCCGUCAUGGAUUAAAAUCCUGCAGCGCACGCAAGGUCCCCCUGCUCAAGCCAGCGCAUGUCCAGGCCCGUCUGAAGUUUGCCAAUGACCAUCUGGAUGAUCCAGAGGAGGAAUGGGAUAAGCUCAUGUGGUCUGAUGAGACAAAAAUAUAGCUUUUUGGUCUAAACUCCACUCGCCGUGUUUGGAGGAAGAAGAAGGAUGAGUACAACCCCAGGAACACCAUCCCAACCGUGAAGCAUGGAGGUGGAAACAUCAUUCUUUGGGGAUGCUUUUCUGCAGAGGGGACAGGACGACUGCACCGUAUUGAGGGGAGGAUGGAUGGGGCCAUGUAUCGCGAGAUCUUGGCCAACAACCUCCUUCCCUCAGUAAGAGCAUUGUAGAUGGGUCGUGGCUGUGUCUUCCAGCAUGACAACGACCCGAAAUACACAGCCAGGGCAACUAAGGAGUGGCUCAGUAAGAAGCAUCUCAAGGUCCUGGAGUGGCCUAGCCAUUCUCCAGACCUGAACCCAAUAGAAAAUCUUUGGAGGGAGCUGAAAGUCCGUAUUGCCCAGCGACAGCCCCGACACCUGAAGGAUCUGGAGAAGGUCUGUAUGGAGGAGUGGGCCAAAAUCCCUGCUGCAGUGUGUGCAAACCUGGUCAAGAUCUACAGGAAACGUAUGAUCUCUGUAAUUGCAAACAAAGGUUUCUGUACCAAAUAUUAAGUUCUGCUUUUCUGAUGUAUCAAAUACUUAUGUCAUGCAAUAAAAUGCAAAUGAAUUACUUAAAAAUCAUACAAUGUGAUUUUCUGGAUUUUUGUUUUAGAUUCCGUCUCUCACAGUUGAAGUGUACCUAUGAUAAAACUUACAGACCUCUACAUGCUUUGUAAGUAGGAAAACCUGCAAAAUCGGCAGUGUAUCAAAUACUUGUUCUCCCCACUGUAUGUACGAAAAAUACAUAAAAAAUACAAAAAAAUGGCUAUUUACACGGACACACACAGAGUACACGACCGCACUGCUACGCCAUCUUGGAAUCAUGAUUGGACACACCUGAUCUUAAUGAGUGCUUGUUUCCUUUGAAAUGGGGUCUGUUUGAAUAGACUAAAAUGAACAGCUUUGUAUGAGUAAAAAAAAAAAACAUGGCAUGCCAGCUCCAUCCUGGUGGCGCAGUGGACUCAUUCCUUGUAUAGAGAAGAUCAUAGGUUUGAAUCUCACUGACGCCAUGCCACAAUAAAAAAUACAUGUGUUUGCAUGAUUAAUGCCAAAGAAAAUUAAUUUCCAUGUGUCCUAUCUGUACUUGGAGUUCAAAACAGUUAACUCAAACUAAGCUAGCAGUGUUAUUAAAAAUCUUGUUGAAACAUGUUCUCAGAACAUUCCCUUUAAUUUCCGUUCUCAGAACGAUAAGAAAACCCCCCAGGAAAACUUUCAGGGAACCAUAGUAAAAUGUUCUCAGAACAUCUCUGCAACCUAAAAAUUUACAUUCCCAGAACAAGCUACAUUUUCUCUUCCAUUCUCAGAACAUUUAAAAAACGUUCAGUUUUACCGGUCAGGAAACGUAUGGCUUCGUUCCCAGAACCUCCAAGGAACCAAAUGUGCAAGCUGGGGUGGGAUUAGACAGCAAACCCAUUAGGGCUGACAUGCUCCCAUCAUUUCCAUGCGUCUGUCUCUCUUUCUCUCCUUUCCCUUCUCCUUUUCCAUUACUCAUUCUCUGUCCCUGUCUUUCUCCUCACAAACUUUUUGAAAGCCCUCUGACCCUGUGAGAGUUGCUUGUGACGUGUUUUCUCUGCACUCCGCUUCUGUCUUCACCUCUGUCGCUCCCCUCUCAUCAUGUAGAUCCCAGUUUUGAGGUAACCCUAAUUGCUCCUGCAAGUCACUCUGGAUAAGAGCAUCUGCUAAAUGACUAAAUUGUGUGUGUGUGUGUGUUCGUUGCAGACUGUGUGGGUGUAGGGGGAGUGUCUGUAGAGAUAAUGUGAGAGGGAUUAUGGUAAGAAGCGCUGGGGGUGGUGGGAGGAAGGGAAGAUGAGAGGAGUGGGCAGAAACAGAAAGAGGGGGAUGACAGUAUUUAGGAGAGAAACACUGUCAGAGAGCUACCAUAUUAUCAUGGCUGUCACCACCAAAUCAAAUCAAAUCAAAUGUUAUUGGUCACAUACACGUGUUUAGUAUGUUAUUGCGGGUGUAGCGAAAUGCUUGUGCUUCUAGUUCCUACAGUGCAGUAAUAUCUAACAAGUAAUAUCUAACAAUUUCACAACAUAUACCCACUACACACUAAUCUAAGUAAAGCAAUGGAAUUAAGAAUAUAUAAAUAAAUAUAUGGACGAGCAAUGUCAGAGCGGCAUAGACCAAGAUACAGUAGAAUAGUAUAGAAUACAGUAUAUACAUAUGAGAUGAGUAAUGCAAGAUAUGUAAACAUUAUUAAAGUGACUAGUGUUCCAUUUAUUAAAGUGGCCAGUGAUUUAUAAUCUAUGUAUAUAGGCAGCAGCCUAAUAUGUGCUAGUGAAGGCUAUUUAACAGUCUGAUGGCCUUGAGAUAGAAGCUGUUUUUCAGUCUCUCGGUCCCAGCUUUGAUGUACAUGUACUGACCUCGCCUUCUGGAUGAUAGCGGGGUGAACAGGCAGUGGCUCAUGUGGUUGUUGUCCGCGAUUAUCUUUAUGGCCUUCCUGUAACAUCGGGUGCUGUAGGUGUCCUGGAGGGCUGGUCGUUUGCCCCCAGUGAUGCGUUGGGCAGACCGCACCACCCUCUGGAGAGCUCAGCGGUUGCGGUCGGUGCAGUUGCCAUACCAGGCAGUGAUACAGCCCGACAGGAUGCUCUCAAUUGUACACUAACUACUCAUUCAAGGGUUUUUCUUUAUUUGUACUAUUUUCUAAAAGUGAAGACAUCAAAACUGUGAAAUAACACAUAUGGAAUCAUGUAGUAACCAAAAAAGUGUUAAACAAAUUUUAUAUUUGAGAUUCUUCAAAUAGCCACCCUUUGCCUUGAUGACAGCUUUGCACAGUCUUGGCAUUCUCUCAACCAGCUUCACCUGGAAUGUUUUUCCAACAGUCUUGAAGGAGUUCCCACAUAUGCUGAGCACUUGUUGGCUGCUUUUCCUUCACUCUGCGGUCCGACUCAUCCCAAACCAUCUCAAUUUGGUUGAGGUUGGGGGAUUGUGGAGGCCAUCUGAUGCAGCACUCCACCACUCUCCUUCUUGGUAAAAUAGCCCUUACACAGCCUGGAGGUGUGUUGGGUCAUUGUCCUGUGAAAAACAAAUGAUAGUCCCACUAAGCCCAAACCAGAUGGAAUGACGUAUCGCUGCAGAAUGCUGUGGUAGCCAUGCUAUUUAAGUGUACCUUGAAUUCUAAAUAAAUCACAGACAGUGUCACCAGCAAAGCAUCCCCACACCAUAACACCUCCUCCUCCAUGCUUUACAGUGGGAAAUACACAUGCGUCUCACAAAGCCACGGCGGUUGGUACCAAAAAUCUCCCAUUUGGAUUCCAGACGAAAGGACAAAUUUCCACCGGUCUAAUGUCCAUUGCUCGUGUUUCUUGGCCCAAGUCUCUUCUUCUUAUUGGUGUCCUUUAGUAGUGGUUUCUUUGCCGCAAUUCGACCAUGAAGGCCUGAUUCACACAGUCUCCUCUGAACAGUUGAUGUUGAGAUGUGUCUGUAACUUGAACUCUGUGAAGAAUUUAUUUGGGCUGCAAUUUCUGAGGCUGGUAACUCUAAUGAACUUAUCCUCUGCAGCGGAGGUAACUCUGGGUCUUCCAUUCAUGUGGCGGUCCUCAUGAGAGCCAGUUUCAUCAUAGCGCUUGAUGGUUUUUGCGACUGCAUUUAAAGAACAUUUCAAAGUUCCUGACAUUGUCCGUAUUGACUGACCUUCAUGUCUUAAAGUAAUGAUGGACUGUCGUUUCUCUUUGCUUAUUUGAGCUGUUCUUACCAUAAUAUGGACUUGGUCUUUUACCAAAUCUUCUGUAUACCCCCUCUACCUUGUCACAACACAACUGAUUGGCUCAAACGCAUUAAGAAGGAAAGAAAUACCACAAAUUAACUUUUAAGAAGGCACACCUGUUAAUUGAAAUGCAUUCCAGGUGACUAUGUCAUGAAGCUGGUUGAGAGAAUGCCAAGAGUGUGCAAAGCUGUAAUCAAGGCAAAGGGUGGCUAUUUGAAGAAUCUGAAAUAUAAAAUAAUACAUUUUUUGGUUACUACAUCGUUCCAUAUGUGUUAUUUAAUAGUUUUGAUGUCUUCACUAUUAUUCUACAGUGUAGAAAAUAGUAAAACUAAAGAAAAAACCUUGAUGAGUAGGUGUUCUAAAACUUUUGACCAGUAGUGUACAUCUGUAAAAGUUUGUGAGGGUUUUAGGUGCCAAGCCAAAUUUCUUCAGCCUCCUCAGGUUGAAGAGGUGCUGUUGCGGCUUCUUCACCACACUGUCUGUGUGGGUGGACUAUUUUAGUUUGUCAGUGAUCUGUAUGCAGAGGAACUUGAAGCUUUCCACCUUCUCCACUGCGGUCCCGUUGAUGUGGAUAGGGGGGUGUUCCCUCUGCUGUUUCCUGAAGUCCACUAUCAUCUCCUUUGCUUUGUUGACGUUGAGUGAGAGGUUAUUUUCCUGGCACCACACUCCCAGAGGCCUCACCUCCUCCCUGUAGGCUGUCUCAUCAUUGUUGGUAAUCAAGCCUACUACUGUUGUGUCGUCUGCAAACUUGAUGAUUGAGUUGGAUGCGUGCUUGGCCACGCAGUCAUGGGUGAACAGGGAGUACAGGAGGGGGCUGAGCACAAACACUUGUGGGGCCCCAGUGUUGAGGAUCAGCGAAGUGGAGGUGUUGUGGAGGCUUCAGGAAGUCCAGGACCCAGUUGCACAGGGCAGGGUUCAGACCCAGGGCCUUGAGAUUAAUGAUGAGCUUGGAGGGUACUAUGGUGUUGAAUGCUGAGCAAUAGUCAAUGAACAGUAUUCUUACAUAGGUAUUCUUCUUGUCCAGAUGGGAUAGAGCAGUGUGCAGUGUGAUAGCGAUUGCAUCGUCUGUGGAUCUAUUGGGUCGGUAAGCAAAUUGAAGUGGGUCUAGGGUGGCAGAUAAGGUAGAGGUGACAUGAUCCUUGACUAGUCUCUCAAAGCACUUCAUGAUGACAGAGGUGAGUGCUACGGGGCUAUAGUCAUUUAGUUCAGUUACCUUUGCUUUCUUGGGUACAGGGACAAUGGUGGCCAUCUUGAAGCAUGUGGGGACAGCAGAUUGAGAUAGGGAGAGAUUGAAUAUGUCCGUAAACACACCAGCCAGCUGGUCUGCGCAUGCUCUGAGGAUGCGGCUAGGGAUACCAUCUGGGCUGGCAGCCUUGCGAGGGUUAACACGCUCAAACGUCUUACUCACGUCGGCCACGGAGAAGGAGAGCCCACAGUCCUUGGUAGCGGGCUGCGUCGGUGGCACUGUAUUAUCCUCAAGACGUCAGUGUCCGCGGCGACGUGGCUGGUUUUCUUUUUGUAGUCCAUGAUUGUCUGUAGACCCUGCUCAUUUCUGAGCCGUUGAAUUGCGACUCCACUUUGUCCCUAUACUGACGUUUUGCCUGUUUGAUUGCCUUGUGGAGGGAAUAUCUACACUGUUUGUAUUCUGCCAUAUUCCCAGUCACCUUGCCAUGGUUAAAUGCGGUGGUUUGCACUUUCAGUUUUGCGCGAAUGCUGCCAUCUAUCCACGGUUUCUGGUUAGGGUAGGUUUUAAUAGUCACAGUGGGUACAACAUCUCCUAUACACUUCCUGAUAAACUCAGUCACCGUAUCAGUAUAUACGUCAAUAUUAUUCUCUGAAGCUACCCGAAACAUAUCCCAGUCCGCAUGAUCAAAACAAUCUUGAAGCAUGGAUUCCGAUUGGUCAGACCAGCAUUGAAUAGUCCUUAGCAAUGGCACUUCCUGUUUGAGUUUCUGCCUAUAGGAAGGGAGGAGCAAAAUGGAGUCGUGGUCAGAUUUACCGAAAGGAGGGCGGGGGAGGGCCUUGUAUGCAUCCCGGAAGUUGGAGUAGCAGUGGUCAAGUGUUUUAGCAGCACGAGUACUACAGUCGAUGUGUUGAUAGAACUUCCGCAACCGUUUCCUCAAAUCUGCUUUGUUAAAAUCCCCAGCUACAAUAAAUGCAGCCUCAGGAUAUGUGGUUUCCAGUUUGCAUAGAGUCCAGUGAAGUUAUUUGAGGGCCGUCGUGGUAUCGGCUUGAGGGGGGAUAUUUCCACAGCUGUGACUAUAACCCCAAAAAAGUAUCUUGGGAGAUAAUACUGUCGGCAUUUGAUUGUGAGGUAUUCUAUGUUGGGUGAACAAAAGGACUUGAGUUCCUGUAUGUUAUCACAAUUACACCAUGAGUCGUUAAUCAUAAAACAUACACCUCCGCCCUUCUGCUUCCCGGAGAGAUAUUUAUUCCUGUCUGUGCAAUUAACUGAGAACCCAACUGGCUGUACCGACUUGGACAGUAUAUCCCGAGAGCCAUGUUUCCAUGAAACCGAGUAUGUUACAAUUCCUGAUGUCUCUCUGGAAAGAAACCCUCGCCCUGAGCUCGUCAACUUUAUUAUCCAGAGACUGAACAUUAGCGAGUAAUAUACUCGGAAGCAAAGGGUGGUGUGCACGCCUCCUAAGUCGGACUAGAAGGCUGCUCCGAAUACCUCUCCUCCGGCGUUGUUUUGGGUCGGCCUCUGGAAUCAGUUAAAUUGCCCUGGGGGGUGCGAACAAAGGAUCUGCUUCGGGAAAGUCGUAUUCGUGGUCGUAAUGCUGGUAGCGCUGGUGAGUUACCGCCGCUCUGAUAUCCAAUAGUUCUUCAUGGCUGUAUGUAAUAACACAAAAUAAAAUCUGGGCUAAUAACCUAAGAAAUAAUAAAUAAAAAAACAAAAUACUGCAAAGUUUCCUAAGAGCUAGAAGCAAGGUGGCCCUCUCUCUCUGUCACCUACACACAUCUGUUUUAACCCACCUAUGUAUUUGUUUAUUUCCUUUUUAAAGAACAUAAGGGGCGCUUGCUAGAAGUCCUUUCUUCACGCCUGAAAUCUUUUAGCUGACAUCAAGAAAAAAAAAUGAAUACAAAUCCUUUUGAGGAAUUUACACAAACAUAAUUAUUUAUUUAGCUGGUUAAAACCCCCAUAAUUCUCCUAUCAGCCUCAGCAAGCUGCUUCCACAUGUCCCCCAUACAUAACUGGGAUUAACUCACUAAACCACCAGACAGGGGAAGCCUUCCAGUCUGUGUGUGUGUGUGUGUGUGUGUGUGUGUGUGUGUGUGUGUGUGUGUGUGUGUGUGUGUGUGUGUGUGUGUGUGUGUGUGUGUGUGUGUGUGUGCGUGUGCGUGUGCGUGUGUGUGCGUGCGUGCGUGUGCUUAGGCUAUGUGGUGUGUGUCUUACCACUCUUCACUCACAAGUAGCUUCUUUGUUCCAGUAGAGAAGGUAGGGAGUAGAGAUUGAUACAGUAGGAAUAUGCAGUGGAGUGAUAUUAGGGACACAGUAACCAUAGUGCUGUGGGCAGUGCUGGAGCUUUAGCCAUGUAGUCAUCUGAGCAGUGAAGGUAGAGGGAGUCACACACAGAUUAGUCUAGGAGGAACUCAUCUCCUGGACUUAGAUGGAAUGAGAACAUACAGUAUGGUCCGUCUGUCACUAGGUAGACCACAGAAAACGGACGGUAAGUCAGCUACCAGGUUUUAUUUACACACCUCUGUUUAUUGUGGAUAUGGUCAUUAUAGGAGUAUUGGAGACUAGUAUUGUACAACAGCAAACAUUGAGAUGAUAGUCUCCCCAUGGUAAAUGUCAUGCCUCCUUUGACCACUUCAUAUGUCAGUUAGCCAGCCUCCUGCUGUUGCUGCUAAAUGUCAAAGGUUAUGAACUCGUAAAUGAUGUACAGUAACAGUCAAAAGUUUGGACACACCUACUCAUCGCAGGGUUUUUCUUUAUUUUAACUAUUUUCUACAUUGUAGAAUAAUAGUGAAGACAUCAAAACUAUGAAAUAACACAUAUGGAAUCAUGUAGUAACCAAAAAAGUGUUAAACAAAUCAAAAUAUAUUUUAUUUUUGAGAUUCUUCAAAGUAGCCAGCCUUUGCCUUGAUGACAGCUUUGCACACUCUUGGCAUUCUCUCAAACAGCUUCAUCAGGUAGUCACCUGGAAUGCAUUUAAAUUAACAGGUGUGCCUUGUUAAAAGUUAAUUUGUGGAAUGUAUUUCCUUCUUAAUGCAUUUCAGACAAUCAGUUGUGUUGUGACAAGGUAGGGGUGGUAUACAGAAGAUAGCCCUAUUUGGUAAAAGACCAAGUCCAUAUUAUGGCAAGAACAGCUCAAAUAAGCAAAGAGAAACAACUGUCCAUCAUUACUUUAAGACAUGAAGGUCAGUCAAUCCGGAAAUGUUCAAGAACUUUUAAAGUUUCCUCAAGUGCAGUCGCAAAAACCAUCAAGCACUAUGAUGAAAUUGGCUCUCAUGAGGACCGACACAUGAAAUGAAGACCCAGAGUUACCUCUGCUGCGGAGGAUAAGUUCAUUAGAUUUACCAGCCUCAGAAAUUGCAGCCCAAAUACAUUCUUCACAGAGUUAAAGUAACAGACACAUCUCAACAUCAACUGUUCAGAGGAGACUGCGUGAAUCAGGUCUUCAUGGUCGAAUUGCUGCAAAGAAACCACUACUAAAGGACACCAAUAAGAAGAAGAUAAUUGCUUGGGCCAAGAAACAUGAGCAAUGGACAUUAGACCGGUGGAAAUCUGUCCUUUGGUCUGAUGAGUCCAAAUUUCAGAUUUUUAGUUCCAACCGUCAUCUUUGUGAGAUGCAGAGUAAGUGAACGGAUGAUCUCCGCAUGUGUGGUUCCCACCGUAAAGCAUGGAGGAGGAGGUGUGAUGGUGUGGGAGUGCUUUGCUGGUGACACUGUCAGUGAUUUAUUUAGAAUUCAAGGCACACUUAACCAGCAUGGCUACCACAGCAUUCUGCAGCGAUAUGCCAUCCCAUCUGGUUUGCGCUUAGUGGGACUAUCAUUUGUUUUUCAACAGGACAAUGACCCAACACACAUCCAGGCUGUGUAAGGGCUAUUUGACCAAGAAGAAGAGGGAUGGAGUGCUGCAUCAGAUGACCUGGCCUCCACAAUCCCCCGACCUCAACCCAAUUGAGAUGGUUUGGGAUGAGUUGGACCGCAGAGUAAAGGAAAAGCAGCUAACAAGUGCUCAGCAUAUGUGGGAACUCCUUCAAGACUGUUGGGAAAGCAUUCUAGGUGAAGCUGGUUGAGAGAAUCCCAAGAGUGUGCAACGCUGUCAUCAAGGCAAAGGGUGGCUACUUUGAAGAAUCUAAAAUCUAAAAUAUAUUUUGAUUUGUUUAACACUUUUUUGGUUACUACAUGAUUCCAUAUGUGUUAUUUUAUAGUUUUGAUGUCUUCACUAUUAUUCUACAAUGUAGAAAAUAGUCAAAAUAAAGAAAAACCCUUGAAUGAGUAAGUGUGUCCAAACCUUUGACCUGUACUGCAUAUGAUCAUGGCUGCAGGAAACAAGGUAUGCCAAUAUCCCAAUCUGCAACUCACACUUUUAUUACACUGGGUUUCUCUGCUUCAGGGGGUUCUGUGGCCAACUCUAAGUCAACCUUAUUACUGUCCUGUUCAGGCUAUCCUUCUCGUUUACCCCUCUCCCUCUCUCCAUCUCUCUCCCGCUCCUCUCUAGUUCUCUUUAUUUCCCUCUCACUCUCCGCCUAUUCUGGCCUCUUUGUCAAAUGUCUUGCACCGUUGCCAAGUUUAAUUGCCAGAUCUGUGAGCUUUACAUAAAUCUUUGGUAAAUGACAGAGCCCUUAUCUCCGUCCUGAGCUCGGUUCUGGGACCCUUCCACACUAACCAUUGGCUGAGCCAGCAGGGCGUGGCAUGGAAUUGACUCCUAAUUGGAGGCAGCCAAGGGUUGCCGGUCCCCUGACACACUCUCAAUAAACAGCACAGAGCUGAUAGUACUGCUGCACACGGAUCUCCCUCCUCCACAGUCUUUCUCUCUCUCAUUUCUUUUUCACACACAAACAUGACUCGCUUUUUCUCUAUCUCUUCCUCUCUUAUACACCUUUUGACUUUCUCUCUUUCCUCUUGUUGUACUUUCUCGUUCUGUCUCUCUUGUCAUUUCUCUCUGAUUGCUAAAGGCCUUUUUUCUCUGCCUAAAUGAGUUAUGUAACAUGUUCCAUAAUUUCACUCAAUCAAUGCAAAUAACCUUCAGAUUGUGUAUGUGUGUAUACAUGUUUACACACACACACACACACACUCACACACACUCACAUGGACCCUGGGGACAAAUUGCCAUUAUAGAAGGCAGAUGGGGCAGCAGCAUGUACGUCCAAGUCCUGAGGCAGCAAAGCAUCCCCAAACCAUCACACUACCACCACCAUGCUUGACCAUUGGUAUAAGGUUCUUACUGUGGAAUGCAGUGUUUGGUUUUCACCAGGCAUAAUGGGACCCAUGUCAUCCAGAAAGUUAUACUUUUGACUCGCCUGUCCAUAAAACAUUCUUCCAACAGUCUUGAUGAUCAUCCAGGUGCUUCCAGGUGGUUUUUGGCAAACUUGAGUCAACUUUUGGGAUGAGAUGGAUCCCAUUAUGUCUGGCAAAAACCAAACACUGCAUUCCACAGAAAGAACCUCAUAUCAACGGUCAAGCAUGGUGGUGGUAGUGUGAUGGUUUGGGGAUGCUUUGCUACCUCAGGACCUGGCCGACUUGCCUUAAUAGAAGCAACCAUGAAUUCUGCUCUGUAUCAGAGAAUUCUACAGGAGAAUGUCAGGCCAUCCAUCUGUGAGCUGAAGCAGAAGCACAGGUGGGUCAUGCAGCAAGACAAUGAUCAAAAACACACAAUCAAGUCUACAUGAAAAUUGUUAAAAAAGCAACACAUUUGGAAUGGCCUAGGUAAAGUCCAGACCUAAUCCCAAUUGAGAUGUUGUGUCAGGACUUGAAACGAGCAGUUCAUGCUUGAAAACCCACAAAUGUCGCUAAGUUAAAGCAGUUCUGCAUUCAAGAGUGGGCCAGAAUUCCUCCACAGCGAUGUGAGAGACUGAUCAACAACUACAGGAAGCAUUUGGUUGAAGUCAUUGCAGCUAAAGGUGGCACAACCAGUUAUUGAGUGUAAGGGGGCAAUUACUUUUUCACACAGGGGAAUUGGGUGUUGCAUAACAUUGUUAAUUAAAUAAAUAAAAUAAGUAUACUUUUUUUGUGGUUAUUUGUAAACUCAGGUUCCCUUUAUUUAAUAUUAGGUUUUGGUUGAAGAUCUGAUAACAUUCAGUAUCAAAAACUGAAUAGAGACAAUCAGAAAGGGGGCAAAUAGUUUUUCUCCACGAUCUACCCAGAAAUCCCUGUGUGGAUAUCUGCCUGGGUUCUCCAUGCUCUCUCUCUCUCUCUCUCUCUCUCUCUCUCUCUCUCUCUCUCUCUCUCUCUCUCUCUCUCUCUCUCUCUCUCUCUCUCUCUCUCUCUCUCUCUCUCUCUCUACAGGAGAUACACUCAUCUCUCUAUCUGUUUAUCUUUUUCUUUCGGUCUUUCUCUCCCUCUCAUCUGUGCAGACUCCCUUUAUUUGCUUUCACCCAAUUGCCAGUCCUCUUUCCUUUUCUCAAGUUCUCUCAAUCUAUCUUCCUACCCCAUCUUUCUCUCUCUCCCUCUGCCUCCUGGAAGUCAUUGCUUUGUUGGGGUAUUGUUUGGAAAGGGCAGUGAGUGCUCUUAUCAGUGUGUGUGCGUAUGGCUGUGCGGUUGUGUGUGGCUGUGAGUGUUCGCUUAACAAUAAUAAUAACCCUUCCCUUACCUCAUCUCUCCCUAUCCUCUUCCUCUCCUCUCCUCCACCCCUCCCCUCUCCGGCCUCUUCUUCUACUCCCACCCUCUCCUGUCCUCCUCCCAGGCUCUCCCAUGGCCAGUGGUACAGGGACCCUCCAGAUCUAUCUGAUAGAUGUGAAUGACAACGCUCCGUCUCUGCUGCCCCGUGAGUCUCAGAUCUGUGAACGCAUCAACCGUAACGCCGGCAUCAACAUCACGGCUGCAGACGCAGACAUGGACCCCAACGUAGGCCCUUUCGUCUUCGAGCUGCCCACGUUCCCUGCUAGCAUACGACGCAACUGGACCGUGUCACGUCUCAACGGUAAGGGUACCGGACCGGCAGGGGUAGAUGGGGGUUGGCGGCUGAUUGGCUGAAUACCCUGGGCGUGAGGUGGUUGGAGUUGUCAACAAAGCAACAUGACAGAAAUAUGAUGCCAAGUUUCUUUGACAAUAUAUAUAAAGCAAUCUGUGCAUUUAAAUAACUGCAUAAAUAUACCUAUUUUACUUUUGCAUGUCAAAAACCAAAUGACUACUGCUGCACAUGCUGCCACUGUUUUCAACAGAUUAAUUUAUACUAUUUAGAAUGAGCAGCCAGCUCACGAACAAACGAACGAACGAGUGCAACAGGGAGAACGGUCGUCACUAGUACCACACCUACAAAAUCAUAAAGGCCACCUAUUUCUACAAUUUAUCUUCUUAAAAUUUGAACAUUAAACACACUGCUAACCUUAUGCCUAACCCUAACCUUAAAUUAUUUUAGUUUUCAUUAAUUUGUACAAUAUAGUCCAUUUUGACUUUGUAGCUGUGGUAAUGUUGACCUGUUUAAAGGUCUUACUCACAUCGGCUACGGAGAGCGUGAUCACGCAGUCGUCCGGAACAGCUGGUGCUCUCAUGCAUGCUUCAGUGUUGCUUGCCUCGAAGCGCGCAUAGAAGUCAUUUAGCUCGUCUGGCAGGCUCGUGUCACUGGGCAGCUCGCGGCUGUGCUUCCCUUUGUAGUCUGUAAUAUUUUGCUAGCUCUGCCACAUCCGACAAGCAUCGGAGCCAGUGAGCUCAUUAAUAUAAGCUCCUCGCCCACAUAUCCUGUCAUUUCAAACUUCCUGGUAGUUAGCCAUGAGAGACAAAGUACUUUUCAGAGUGACUGUUCAGGACCUUUAAAAAGUAUGAAGUGUUAGAAAUGUGUCCUUAUGCUUAACCUGUCGCUUUGCUCAAUUUACCCUAUACCCGGACUAGCUAUGUUUUCAAAACUAUUAUGUUUACAUGAAUUCUGAUUAUUUCCAGGGAUACACAACAUCCUGAAAUAUAUAUUUGUUAGAAAGAAUACAAUAUUCCCCUUAGUAGUGAUGCUGAAUGUAAAAAAGGGUUCAACAUACCCCGCUCUCCGCUAUAGAUGUCUCUAUCAGUGGUAGUAACCUCUGUCUGUUCUCUCUCUCCCCUCCCCAGGUGACUAUGCCCGGUUGAGUUUACGGACCCAGUAUCUGGAGCCGGGGGUGUAUGAGGUGCCUGUGAUUGUGACCGACUCGGGGAACCCUCCCCUCUCCAACAGGUCCAUUAUCAAGGUCAAGGUGUGUCCAUGUGAUGAGAACGGAGACUGCACCCUUGUCGGGGCUGUGGCUGCCCCUGGACUUGGGACUGGAGCCAUCAUAGCCAUACUCAUCUGUAUCAUCAUACUGCUCAGUGAGUAUGCUGGACUGGACAUCUUAGAUACAGAUGUAGGAACUUAAUUUGAGCAAGUUUGCUACAGCAAGAAAUCCUGCAGCAACUGGAAAGGUGAAUUAUUAUGUAGAUUAUAAUUAAUGGACAUUUUGUAGGAGUUGAUACAUUUUUCGAAAGGAAAAUCUAGUCUGAAAUUUAAAAGUGGAAAUCGCAAACUUCAGCUUUUCUUAAUAAUAUAAUAAUAUGCCAUUUAGCAGACACUUUUAUCCAAAGUGACUUACAGUCAUGUGUGCAUACAUUUUUACGUAUGGGUGGUCCCGGGGAUCGAACCCACUACCCUGGCAUUACAAGCGCCAUGCUCUACCAAUUGAGCUACAGAGGACAUCUGUGCACACAAACUAUUUAUGUUGUACUCAUAAAUACGUAGAAAAUACACACACACCUGCCAUACCUCCAGACACAUCACUCUGAUUCGCUCAGAGCCAUCACUUUCUAAUUAACAGCCAAUCGUGUUCACCGCUAUCAGAGAGUAUAGAAACAAACAUAUCUUCCUUCCCCUCCCAUUCCCCCUGUAGCUACCACCACCUCCUCCCUACAUACUGUACAUCAGAUCCCUAUGAUCAAAUGUAAUAUUAAACCGCCUUUCUUACCAGAUGCUGAAGUGGAUUAUGAUUUGUUGUUCUUUCACACAUUGUGCCAUUUGGGCCUUAUAUUCACAAACAUUUACCAUACAGUUACAAUAACAAUAACCAUACAAUAACGUAAAGGUUGUAUUAUAGAUUAAUUCUUAGCUGGCUAUCAGAAUGUGCUGUCUCUGAGUUGGUGACCCUAUGGGUUUUAUUAUUGUGUUCUGCCAGAGAGGGGUUUUAAUGUGGACUUGUUUUGCUGAGGUGCUGCUGCUGGUUUGUUUUGUGGUGGUGUGGUGUGUGCUCAUACCUUAUUUAAAUUGUUUACAUUUCAGGGGUUGGAACCGAAAAUAUUUUCCAAUCGUUUCGUUCUGAACAUAACAAUAAUUUGUUUCAUUCCAUUCCACUGUUCCAACCAGCAAAAUAAAGUUCUGAAGCGGUUCAAACCAAAACAAAGUAACAGUUUAUGUCGUUCCUUUCUGUUCCUCUGAAAUAUAUAUUUAUUUUUUGCAUUUAGCUCGACAUCAAAUUACUUUACCAAUGGAUAGAGCAGCUUGUUAUGGAGCGGGCUAGCUAUGUACAUGCAUUGGACAGGCAAGUGUAAUGUAGGGUGCCAUAUGCGACUGAAAUGCUGCGGGUGAGCAUCUUUUGCGGCUGGGCAUCUUGUUGUUAGGACAUGCGUUAUCUGAAUUAGGCCCACAUAAUUAUACCUACGGAGGAGCAAAAUUUAUGAAGGAUCUUUGAAUGUCUUUGAACUUCAGAGAGUUGGCUUAACUGUUUGACCAGAGCUAGCCCGUGAUCAUGCCUCUCAGUUCCAUUACAUUACACAUAAUGCCGCCUAGAGUUUUCAAGAGCUAGACCAGAGCUAGCUAACAAGCUAGCUAGCUAAUAAACUUGUGUGUGCAGAGCGACACCAGAAUUAAAAUAAAAACACAUCUUACCUUUUUGUAGUUAAUAAAUCCAAUGUAAAACGUGAUAACUACAGUAUCCUUAACUAGCAUUGAAAAAGUUAAUCCAUUGUUCUGUAAUAAAAAAUCUCUCUCCCUAAUUUCUGAAUCACGCCUGUAACGUCAGAAGCUACAGUAGACUAUGCAUGCUUCGUAGGGGAGGGGGGGAGGGGCAGGUAGCCUACACACACAUACACUGGCAAAGAGUUUCAGCUGGCAGGCAGGCAGACACUGGAAUACAUUUCUUUGUUGCAUUUUUUGUGGAACUGUAAAAAAAUCCCUGGAAAUUAAAAUAACUUUAUUAACCCAUGCAAUUCAAAUAACGGUUCUGCUCCUGAACAGUAUAGAUCACUUUUGUUCUCGGUUCUGGUUCUGUUCCUCGAAAAAUGUCAUUAUCUUCCGGUUUUCUGUCUUUUGAAUGGCGGUACAGUCCUAUCCUCCACAAAUAUGUAGAGCUUUUUUGCUUUUUUGUGUGGUUGUGUAUUUUGCAGUAAGCCAAUAAUGUAUGUUGUUUAAGGUGUGUUGGUUGUGUGUUUUGCAGUAUAAGUGUUUUGUUUAAUGUGUGUUUGUUGUGUGUUUUGCAGUAUUAGUGUGUUAUUGAAGGUGUGUUGUGUGUGUUGCAGGUAUGGUGCUAGUAUUUGUACUGUGGAUGAAGCGCAGAGAGAAGGAGAGACAGACCAAACAGCUGCUGAUCGACCCCGAGGACGAUGUCAGAGACAACAUCCUGAAAUACGAUGAGGAGGGAGGGGGAGAGGAGGACCAGGUACACACACACACAGACACACACACACACACACACACACACACACACACACACACACACACACACACACAGAUACAAACCUAUAAACAACAACACAUGUGUAUGUGUAUAUAUACAGUAUAUAUCACAUACACCCACAAACACUGACAGCCAGUCAGGUCUGUCUUGAGGUUGACUGUCUUAUCUGUGUGUGUCUCUGGGCAGGACUAUGACCUGAGCCAGCUGCAGCAGCCGGACUCCUUGGAGCACAUCAUCAGUAAGCCCCCAGGGGUACGGAGGGUGGACGAGCGCCCCAUCAUCCCUGAGUCCCAGUACCCCAUCCGUCCUGUGGUCCCUCACCCUGGGGAUAUCGGGGACUUCAUCAACGAGGUGAGGGGGGCAACCUGGGGUCAUAGAUUAGUUUUUUCCUUUAUCAAUAUAUAAUUUAACACAGACACAUUUCCAUACACAAGGUACUCCAAACACGACUCAAGUUACAAUGACAAACUUACAAUACAAGACUACACAAACACAGAACAUAAGACAUUCAGAUCAGUAAAUAAGAUGGAGGUGUAUAUAUGUACCUUUUUAUUUCUUAGUCUUUUGAUGUACCUUCUGUUUUAGGUAAAUGUGUGAGAUGUGAGGGUAAUGUUGCAUAAAUGUAGGUAUUUUCUGGAUGUUAUUUAUUUACAGGUUUCAAUGCUCUGAGCUCUGGCAACAGUGGAGAAUGGAGAUUACCUGACAGCUGUUAUCAUACACACACACACACACACACUUACAAACACGCACAUACUGUACUCACACACGCACACAUGCACAUGCUCACUUGUGCGUACGUAACCCCAAUCUCAACACAGUCAUGCAAGAAGGCUUUGAUUGACAGGCGCCGUGACAACAUGUUCACACUUGAGAAGUGUUGGCAGCUGUUCAGCUUUGAUCCAUCCUGACUACACACACGCCCACACACGCAAACACACACACAUUCACACACACACACACACACACACACACACACACACACACACACACACACACACACACAAAUCUCGCUCCAACAGUCUGGCAAAACACAAACACAUUGUGGCUCGGUUGCCCACUGUAUCCUCCUUGGGGAUUCUACAUCCCUGCCAAUGACAUCACUCUGUCACUCACAAUAUAUUGCCGGUAUGCCAAUACUUAAAAUGUUCUCUAUGGUGCUUCCUUAGCUGUUAUCUUACAAAAAGCCUACCCUUCUCUGUCUCUAUAUAGUACUAUACACUAACCUUUUUAAUCCUGUUGGCCUAUAUACCAAUACAACUCUCUCCUCCCUCUCCCUCCCUCCAGGGUCUGCGGGCGGCAGACAAUGACCCCACAGCCCCUCCCUAUGACUCCCUCCUGGUGUUUGACUACGAGGGCAGCGGCUCCACGGCCGGCUCCGUCAGCUCCCUCAACUCCUCCAGCACCGGGGACCAGGACUACGACUACCUCAACGACUGGGGCCCCCGCUUCAAGAAGCUGGCCGACAUGUACGGGGGAGGGGACGACGAAUAG